AUGGGAGGACUGGACUUGCGGACUGAACACGAUGACUUGGAAGUUCCUCUCGUCCUGUGUGAAAUGUGCCGAAAUGGUGACUGGAAGGACCUGAGCCUAAACCACAAAUUGCCCUGUGGUCACCGGUGCAAGGAGAUUUGCCAUUCGGGUAGCUGUCCUCUGAACUGCAGCCAGAAGGUUAAGCUCCGGUGUCUCUGUAAGAGACUGAAAAAGGAAGUACAAUGCAGCAAGAUACAAGAAGGCCAGGUUUCACUGGAAUGCGACGCGUUAUGCAAGGAAAUGAAACGGAAAGCAUCUGAGAUAAAAGAGGCAGAAGCCAAAGCUGCUAUUGAAGAAGAGAAACGAAGGCAACAGGCUGAACUGGAAGCUUUUGAAAACAGAUUAAAAGGGCGAAGAAAGAAUAAGAGAAGAAAGGAUGAAGUGGAAGUGGAACAAUCAUCAUGGCAAAAAUACAAGAAUCUCAUUAUGCUGCCGAUGGUCGGAGUUGCUGUUGUGAUGGUUGCAUGGCUCAUGGUCUACAAUGACUGAAAUAACGGAAUAUUUAAUAUACCUCAGUCAGGCUUUAGGUAGCUGUGAUUCCUAGAAUGUUAGUCUGUGUGUAAGAGAACUUAAUGAGCAUAGAUUAUGUACGUAUGCUGUUUGCCAGGAAGAGUGCAGAGGAGGGAAGAGAUGUCACCUUUUGUGUUAUGCCAUCCACAGCACAAAACCGAACUUGGACACUGAAGGUAAUAGUAGAUUUUUAGCCUACACAGAGGUGCUGAUAUCAUUCAUCUGACUGAGAUCCGUUAGAGUCUCUUCUGUUAAUACGUUGUGUUACUUUUCCUUGUCU